GGCUGACGCCAGUUACUCAUCAAUAUGUCUGGUGGGUGUAAUGGAUCGCCUUUGGUUCCACCAAAUUAUUUUCUUCUCCGAUCCCAUUUCGUUGCUCUGCGGCUCCAAAACCCUACAUCCCCACAACUCGCACACUGUGAUUCAAUGUCAACCUUCAAGCAUGCCUGAGUUGCCACCUCCCGAUACAGGACUCCGCUCCAAGGCUGAAGAAUCGCCACUCGCGGGCCGUAGUUGCUCAUCAUUGGAUCCAUCGUACUCUUCAAUGGACGACACCAAUAAAAGUGAAGAAGCAGAGGAGGAAAUCAGACCAACGAGGGUGACUAAUCUCACCGCGAGCAGAGCCCGACGUUCGCAUUCCUCGUCGCCAUCAACUCACAAGAGGCCCGGAAAGCAAUCCUCAGAAGCCAAGAAACUGUACAAAUCCAUGAGUUGUAGGAACUUCGAGGACCUGGAAAUGAAGGAAGUGAAAGGGUUCAUGGACCUGGGCUUCAUCUUCGAGGAGGAGCACUUGAGCCCGCGAAUGGUGAGCAUCGUCCCCGGUUUACAGAGGCUCGGACCGGACACAAGCAUCCGGAAAAAUGCCAACAAGGAGGAGGAGGGAAAGAGAGAGAUCAUGAGGCCGUAUUUAUCAGAAGCGUGGCUCAUAAGGAGACCCGAUUCGCCCCUGCUGAACUUGAGGGUGCCUCGGGUUUAUACGGCUUCCAACAUGAAGAAGCACCUGAGGCUCUGGGCUAGGACAGUUGCUUCUGCGAUUCAGCAGGAGUCUUGAUCUUGUGAAGAAGAAAAAACCAACAAUUUCACUUAUUCACCAUCGUUAAUUUUGUUGCGACAACAGAUGGAACUGUAAAAAGCGGAGAUGUGGGGUUGUGGUGUGGGUAUGCUUGUGUGGAUAAGACUCCGAGUGAAAGAAGUG